AUGGAACCUGAUCCCCAGCCUGAGCUUGAGCUGGUCACGAUUCUGGUGAAGAGUCCCAAUCAGCGCCACCGCGACUUGGAGCUGAGCUGCGACCGCGGCUGGAGCGUGGGCCAACUCAAGGCCCACCUGAGCCGCGUGUACCCCGAGCGCCCGCGUCCCCAGGACCAGAGGCUGAUUUAUUCUGGGAAGCUGUUGUUGGAUCAUCUGAGUCUCAGGGACUUACUUCCAAAGCAGGAAGAACGGCAUGUCUUGCAUCUGGUGUGCAACGUGAGGACGCCUUCAAAAACGCCAGAAGCCAGUGCAAAGAUUGCUGAGUCCACAGAUCAGCCCAUUGGUCCUAAUCAGGGACCAUGUCCUGGGGAUUCCUCAAGUGAUGGCUUAAGGCAAAGGGAGGUGCUUCGAAACCUUCCUCCCUCUGGCUGGGAGAACAUCUCCAGGCCCGAAGCUGCUCAGCAGACGUUCCAAGGCCUGGGACCUGGUUUCUCAGGCUACACAACUUACGGGUGGCUGCAGUUCUCCUGGUUCCAGCAGAUCUAUGCCCGGCAGUACUACAUGCAAUAUUUAGCGGCCACUGCUGCAUCGGGGGCUUUUGUCCCAUCGCCAGGUGCACAAGAGAUACCAGUGGUGUCUGCACCUGCUCCAGCUCCGAUUCACAACCAGUUUCCAGCUGAAAACCAACCAGCCAAUCAGAAUGCUCCUGCUCAAGUGGUGGUCAAUCCUGGAGCCAAUCAGAAUUUGCGGAUGAAUGCACAAGGUGGCCCGAUUGUGGAAGAAGAUGAUGAGAUAAACCGAGAUUGGUUGGACUGGACCUAUUCAGCAGCCACAUUCUCCGUCUUCCUCAGUAUCCUCUACUUCUACUCCUCCCUGAGCAGAUUCCUCAUGGUCAUGGGGGCCACUGUGCUUAUGUACCUGCAUCAUGUUGGCUGGUUUCCAUUUAGACAGAGGCCAGCUCCAAACUUCCCGAACGAUGGUCUUCCUUACGAAGCUGUAAACCAGGACCCCAACAAUAACCUGCAGGAAGAGGGCUCUGAUCCUGAAACCGAAGACCCCAACCACCUGCCUCCAGACAGGGACGUAGUAGAUGAAGAGCAGACCAGUCCUUCAUUUAUGAGCACAGCGUGGCUUGUCUUCAAGACUUUCUUUGCCUCUCUUCUUCCAGAAGGCCCUCCCGCCAUAGCAAACUGA